CCCGCGAGAUAGCCGAGAAGACGAGCGAGAAAAGCACAACAAGAAAAGCAAAACAAAACAUUAACAUUAACAACAACAGUUGCUUGUUAAUAAACUACCGUGAGCAGUUUCCAGACAUGUCCGGUGCUUCGCCAACGGCCUUAAAGGAUGACACGGACUCGAAAAGGCUAUGAAUUCCUGCGAGCAUGGAGAACAUUCAAAUGAAGCGAUGCUUGAAAAGGGUAGGUCUCGCUCUCGUAUCUCUGCAUGUGGUGAUGUGUUUGUUGCUGAUUCUGGGUCAUUUACAGAACACAAGUAUGUCCAGGACGUUAAGGAGGAGCAAGAAGAUUUUACUGUUUGUGAGUCAUUCCAGGGACACGAAGGAGGAUCUUCUGGGGUCACAGACGUCGGUAAAAGGUCGUCAGCAGAGAUCGGCCCUGCGACACAUCACUCAACCAGCAGCAAGAGACCCAGAGUCACUAGCGCGAUGAGGCAGCGUUUGAUGGUGGAAAGCAGCAGACACGAGCCUCUUUGCCUCACAACGACAGGAGACAGGGGGCCUGGCUUCCUGGAGAAAUCCGGAUCCUCCUACAGAAAGCCUCUGUUCGGCAUCUCGCACAGGAUUUCAGAGAGGAGGAACACACCGAGUGUGGAGCAGCUCGCUAAUCACGGCGGCUUCAGUCGACUCGACAGCAUCCUUUCACCGAAGCUCCAAAGUCUGGAGCAAAACGGGCCCCUGGAGACCUUCUCCGCCACCACAGACUCCUCAGGCCAGACGUCAGCAGACCCGAGUCUUUAUCCACUGAUUGAGAAAAUGUUUUUUAUCCUCAACACACUGAACUCAAGCAUGAGUCAGCUGCACAGCAAAGUGGACUUGCUAACCCUGGAAGUCAUGCGCAUAAAGAAGCACAUGAAACCAGCUGAGAAUGCGAUGGAGUUCCAGCCUCCCCCCGAGUAUCUGCUCACAAACGAUGAACUGAAUCAGCUGAUGGAGCACACGUCCAACGCCGGCGAGCUCGGGUGUCAGCUGCUCGUGCAUCUCUUCCCGGAGCUUUUCAAAUCUAAAGGGUGCUCUCACGACUGCGUUGCGAGCAAGAGGACUCUAGAAUCUCUGCAUCUGCAGCUGAUCCGUAACUACGUGGAGGUCUGCUACCCCUCGGUCAAAAACAGCAGCGUGUGGCAGGAGGAGUGUCUUCUUCAGAUUAACGACUUCUUUAAUCGCUUCUGGGCGCAGAGGGACAUGGAGAGCGCUCGGUUGACUAGGAAGCAAACAGUCCCGGCCGCUGGGAUAAAAACGGAGGAUCCCCAGACUUACUGUUUCAUUAAUGAACAGGGUCAGGAGGAGCAGGUGUCCCUGGAUAACCAGCCGGCCAGCCAGACGGGAUCGGACGCUGCAGUAAACUCACAAACCUCAGAGGAGCUGGACGAGUUCUCCUCCCCAGAAGACUUUGUGAUUUUUCUGACACAUCGUCUCUUCCCUGAGGUUUUUGAAGAGGGGAAAACGACCGAAGGCUCCGGCGGUUUCUGUAACGUCGGGCAACUGAUCCUGGAUUCUGACAAGAUGGAGAUAAUACGAAGGUACAUGGAGGCCAAUUUUCCCGAGGUGCCCGAGGACAGCUGGCUUCCAGUGUGUAUUCAGCAUAUGGAAGAUGCUCUGGAGAGUCCGCACAGUAACGGAAACGGGAGCGAGCCCGACAGUAUGAACUGUGAGGGCUACGACAUGAGCAGCCCACCUGAAGACGGUUCUAUCAGCAACGUUCCAGAAGUGAGUGAAUACGAAAGACCAAAUCGCAAGUCCAAGAAGUCGCUGCUGACACCUGUGGAUUUUGAAAAUCUGGAGAUUCCUCUUCCUGACUUUUCAGUUCCCCAGGAGUACAUCUUGUCCAGAAUGCAGCUGAAGAUCAACUACGAGUGCAGCUUGUCCAUCGGUAACUUCGCCUCCCGGCUGCUGGUUCUCAUGUUCCCUGAACUUUUUACUCACGAGAACACCAGGAAGCAGUACAACUGCAGCGGUUCUCUUGGGAAAAAGCAGCUCGACCCGGUCCGUGUCAAUCUGAUCCGUCAUUAUGUGCAGCUGGUCUACCCUCAAGCCAAGAACGACCGAGUUUGGAUGUUAGAAUUUGUCGGGAAACUCGACGAGAGGUGCAGGAGACGAGACACAGAGCAGAGGAGGUCCUACCUGCAGCAGCGCAAAGUUUACGGCCAGGAGUCGGCGCAGGAGUUCCUCUGUCAGAUUAACCAGUUCAACCCAGACAACACGAGGGAGGAUCCUGACGUUCCUCCUGUUCCUCUCGAGAAAAGCAGCAAAGACUUUUGUAAGAUUCCUCUCGACAGACUGACGGUUUCCAAGCCCGACUUCCCCGUCCCCCCUGUCUACCUGCUGUCCGACACCGAGGUUCGGGAAAUCGUCCAGCAGAGUCUCUCCGUCGGCAACUUUGCUGCCCGGCUGCUGGUGCGCCUCUUCCCAGAGCUCUUCACCUCGGAGAACCUGCGGCUGCAGUACAAUCACUCAGGCGCCUGCAAUAAGAAGCAGCUGGACCCGGUCCGGCUGAGGCUGAUCCGUCACUACGUGGAAGCCGUGUAUCCUGUGGAUAAGAUGGAGGAGGUGUGGCACUAUGAAUGUGUGCCGAGCAUCGACGAACGCUGCCGGCGUCCCAACCGCAAGAAGUGUGACAUUCUUAAAAAGGCCAAGAGGUCGAGCACUGUGUCCUAGUUACAGUAUCCUGUAGUCCGUCAGCACUUCCCGUCCUGGAUUAUUGCUCAGAAUAUAAGCUGAAAUCACGCUGUCCCAUGUGGGCGGAGCCAAGCUGUUGUCUGAAAGUUCUUAAUCGUGUUUCAGCUGCAGAUGUUUGUGUAGUUUUAUUACUAGAAUAAAAAGGUAACUGCUCCUGUUUAAAAGCUGUGGCAGCGUAACACGUUUAGUUGUCAUAGCCUUAAAGACGAUAACCAGGAUAGUUGCUAAAGCGAUAGCUCGCACACCUUCUCACGGCGGCGUGGCAGGAACCUGUAGCACUCACUGAUGUAGCACUGUGCCACCACUGUUUUAACAACAAUGAACUGACAGGCAGGGCGCUGAUUGUUUGGAUCGGGAGAUUAUUUGUUUUUUUUUGUUGUGUACAAAACAACAAUGGAUUUAAAGUAAAGAGCUUAUGACAGACGUCCUCACGGGCUCUGAUGGGUAACAGCUUUUCCACUGUUUGAGGGACUCUCGGGUCCUUUUUUAAUUGUCGUCGUCGUCGUCUUCCUCCACUGGUCCGGGUCGCGGGGGCAGCAUCCCAACUAGGGAGCUCCAGACCGUCCUCUCCCCGGCCACCUCCACCAGCUCCUCCGGCAGGACCCCAAGGCGUUCCCGGACCAGAUUGGAGAUGUAACCUCUCCAACGUGUCCUGGGUCGACCCGGGGGCCUCCUGCCGGCAGGACAUGCCCGAAACACCUCCCCAGGGAGGCGUCCAGGAGGCAUCCUGACCAGAUGCCCAAACCACCUCAACUGACUCCUUUCGAUCCGGAGGAGCAGCGGUUCUACUCCGAGUCCCUCCCGAAUGUCCGAGCUCCUCACCCUAUCUCUAAGGCUGAGCCCGGCCACCCUACGGAGGAAACUCAUUUCGGCCGCUUGUAUCCGUG